AUGAUUCAACUAACGCAGGAGGCUUUGCUAGCCUUGAUUCGAGAUGCGUCCACGCGAGCUGCGGCUCAAGCCGUGGCCCAAUUUGUGGCGCAACAACCAGUGAACCCGCCCCCUCCUUCCCCUCGUAGAAGUCGAGAACUAUCCUCGGCUCCCGAGGAGGAGGAGCAGAGGCGAGAGGAAGUAAAUUGUCGGAUUUCCAGACCCAAAGUUGCACAAACUCAAGAUCGGAAUCUCCAUAGUCGAAAAUCUUUCGCCCCCCCACCAACUUGGGGAGCCGAGGAUUCCCACUUGCCGUUGGGUGUGGCACCUCCAAGACGGAGCCCAUUUGCCUCCAACAUUCGGGCAGAGGCGCUCCCAACUGGUCUCAAGGUGUCGAAUCUGUCGGAGUAUGAUGGAACGGGAGACCCACAAGAACACUUAGACAAAUUUUACGCCAAGAUUGAUUGGUACGAUCUAAGUGACGCCGCUUACUGCAAGGUCUUCCGCACUACGCUGUCAAAACGCGCAUUAGCCUGGUUCAACCAACUGCCCGCUGGAACUAUUUCUAGUCUCGAGCAAUUGGUUCAACGUUUCUUGCACCACUUCUCCAUGAACAAAAAGGUCCCAAAAACGGCGGCAUAUCUGUUUACUAUCCGUCAGAGGGAAGGCGAGACUCUGAGAGAUUUCAUGCAAAGGUUCGUAGAUGCAGUGCAUGAGGUUCCUCAUGUUAACCAAGAGUUGUUAGCUAGUAUUGUCCAACAGAAUCUACAACCGGGAAGAUUCAAAGAGUCUAUAGCAGGCAAGCCCCCUAGCGCUAUGGAAGAUUUACUCGUGCGCUCCCAAAAAUACAUCCGGAUUGAGGAGUCUAAUGCUUUGGAUCCUUCCCUUAGCGGCAAAAGGAAGGGUCGAGAAGAAGAAAAAGAGCCGAAAAAGAAAGAGGAACGCAAGCAUGUGCCUCCGGCGAGGUUUGCUCACUAUACCCCUUUGAAUGCUCCCAGGGGGGAGAUAUUAAUGGUGGCGGAACAGCAAGGGUUAAUCAGUCAAUGGCCGACAAAGAUGAAAGAUAACCCUAAGAGACUCAAAUCCGACAAAUAUUGUCGUUUUCACCGAGACAGGGGACACACGACGGAGGAAUGCCAUCACCUGAAGAAUGAGAUAGAAAAAUUGAUCCAGCGGGGACACUUAAAGGAGUAUGUCAACCACUAUGCACAAGGACGCAAUUUUGACCGUGGGCCGAAUGUGCAAACUCCUCGUGACGAUAACUAUCUCACCGCAGGAGUCAUCCUGUGA